AUGCUGGACAAGCCUGAGCCCCACGGCGGGUAUCGGCUCAGGUAUCUCUUUACGCAGGCCAAUGGAAUGUGGCCAUUUUGGUGCACUUCCAAAAAACAGCAGGUCUGGGGUUUUUAUUUCCUUCCAGCUCCUGCCCGACCUGGUGCCCAUGAAAUGGCGGCCCUCCACCUGCCCCAACAGCCCUGCCUACCUGGCCCCCCAGCACCUGCCGAAGCGCCAGUGUGUGAGGGCGUAGAAAGGCGGACUCAACGCUGCGCGCCUGGGGAGACCACAAGCAGACGCCACAGCUUCGGGCUAAAAAUCCCUUCCUUUGGGCAACGACACCGCGCGGCCGAAGACGCCCGCACCCCGCGGGCUCCGCUUCCCCCGCCGAGCCGCGCCGGACCGAGCCGAGCCACCCGCCCCGCCUCCACCCCGUUUCUCCUCUUUCGAUUGUGUCCUGCGUCCGUUGCUAAGCGAUCGUUUCCAGGCCGCGCUGGCCGCCCGGGUGAGGCGGCGGCUAUGGCGGGUGGGUGGCGGGACGUGGCUGGGGUGCGUAUCGCCCCGGCUGAACUGUGCUUCAGGGACGCGGUGCCAGGGGGUCCCUACCGCGCCGCGCUCAGCGUCCAGAACCGGCGGGUAGAGAGCUGUCGUCUCCAGCUGCUGCCGCCGCACCGGCCCCAGUUUAAAUUGAUUGUGGAAAAUCCAGAAAAACCUGUUGCGUCUGGACUUCAGGUUACAGCUUUUGUGGAAUAUUAUCCUGAGAGUGAAGAAGAUCUUCGAGAUAGACUACUUCUUUUACUAGAAGAUGACAUAGUUGAUAUCCCCCUGCUUGUUCUCUGCAGAUUAAUUCCGUGCUGUUAUCUGGAAAUUGAGUCAGAGAUUAAUUUUGGUGCAGUGAUUGCAAACAGUAAAAUAAUUAGUAAAGAGAUUAGUAUUGCUAACCAUGGAUCAUCUUCAGGUACAUUUAAAAUAUCAUAUGAUGGGGUUGUUCUGCUUAACAUAGAACCUACUAGUGGAGUAAUAGAGCCGAAAUCUAUAAAGACAGUUAAAGUGGAUAUCUGCACAGAUGUACCCAGAAUCAUCAAGGAAGUGAUAAAAGUGGAGUUGGAAGGUCAUGGCUGCAGUGAAGUAUGGAUCAAAGCUGUUGUGGUUGAACAAGUUCUUAAAGUUCUAGGAGUGUCUUGUGGAAAUGUGUUGGAAUGCAUUAACUUUGGACCAGUUUACUUUGGGUCUUCAAAGACUGAACAGAUAUCUUUAUACAAUGAAAGUCCUGAGUGUAUGGACUGGGUAGCAGUACUGGAAGACAAUGCCAUUGGAGGAGAGAUGGGGACAGAUCUUCAGAGGAGUGCAGAUGCUGUUUUACAAGACUUAAGCCUCAAAAAUAGAACAAGAGAUGUAGACGUUUCCACCUUGAUCUUGUGCAUUCCCAGUCAAGGAACCUUGCUACCUUAUGAGAAGUCUUUGGUUACAUUGUGCUUUAGUCCAAAAAAAUGUAAAAGGGACUUUGGAGUGAAUGACUCAUCACCGAAACAAGAUUAUGUACUGUUUCUGAGAUUUGAAGCUGUUGGGAAUAAAGAUGGCUAUCUGCAGGCCCUCAAUGAUGGUGCCACAGCAAUCACAAUGAAUCAUCCUCAUGGCAUGGAGUUAGCUUUGACAGGUUCUGGGCUUCCUGUCAUGUUAACUUUUAAUCCAGGACCAGUUAUUAAGUUUAUGGACUGUUUCUUGGGUGAAGAAACACAAGUUCUAUGCACACUCAAAAAUGAAUCCAACUCCCUUCCAGUAACAUUCAGCUUCCGCAAGACUGUUCACUUUCAUAUUUCUCCUGAAAAAGGAAAAAUAAAAAAAAAAUCUGCGAAGGAUGUGAUAUUUUCAUUUUCUCCACAUCAAAUAGGAACAUUUAAAGUGAAGCAAGUUGUCGAUAUCGUUGGUACAGGACUAGAGAAAAAUAAGUUACAGGUUUCAAAGACAAAAUCCUUUCACCAGAUAUAUUUGAGCUUUAUUGGUGUAUGCAAAUCUAAACGAAAAAACAUUCUAUUCAAAAUUAAUCCUGGUAUAACACCAAUGAUUUCCAAUGCAACUGGACAGUUUGUAGCUGAUGGCACAGGACAGUGCACUGAUACAGCACCUGUGGCAAUACUUAAAUCAACCCAAACACAAAUUCAUACUCACCGGAUAAACAGGAAUUGUAAGGGUGAUGCACUUACAGCUUUUCCUAAUGACCGCGCAGCCAGCAUUAGGCCUAGUGAAUGGAAUAAAAAGUACAGGACUAUUUUCACAAAGACUGAGAGAUAUAAUUAUAUAGAUCCAGAGUUUUCUUAUACUGACUGUGAACGACUGUCAAAAGAAGCACAUAAAGAAUACUAUGCAGACUUCAUUUCUAGUUUAAGACAGCGUCGUUUACAGAAAGAUGCUGCUAGGCAGUUCUAUAUUUAUAAUAAUUCUGUGAGCAUAGGCCUUAAACCAGCUGAAGGGCUUAUGUCACCAAAGAUCUCAAUCACAGAUUUUCACAAAGAGAAGCUACAGUUCAAAAUGCUUCCUUUAGAUGAGAAUUGCCUAUUAACUAGUCGAAAAUUGACAGCAAUUGGUUCUAAAUCUUCAAUCAAAGAAAUUUGGAGUGGGCUUAGUGCUAUGCCAUCAUCUACCCAAGAGAAGGAAGAUUGUAGUCGAACUUUGACACCCAAGCAGCUUCAUCAAAUACUCAUUGGUCCUUCUACUAUGGAUUUUGGUGAUGUUUGUGUGUAUUCUACAACAGCCAGAAAACUGUACAUCAUCAAUAACUUGUUAGUUCAUAUAUGGAUACAAAUCGAGAUUGAAAUUGAUGAAUUACAGCAGACGAGUCCAUUGUCUCAGGUGGUGCCUCCUCUUACAAAGACUCAUAUUCCAAUUGUAUUUGAGACAAACACUCUUGGAAUGUUUAAAAGAUCUUUCACUUACACAAUAAACAACCAACACCUUGGGCAUGUGCUGGUAGUUGCAAAAGCAGUGUCUAUUGAACUUGAGCUGUCUGCAAGGGAACUGAUUUUAAAUCCUAUUCCUGGCUACCUAGCAGAGACAGAAUUUAGAACAACUGUCAGGGUAUACAAUCGCAGAAAUCAUCCUGCUGAGUUUACUUGGAAACCUGUAAUUACAGAUAGAGGAACUGCAUUUUCUAUACAGCCAGCCAAAGGCUUUGUGGAGGCCUAUAGAGAUCUGGAGUGUGAAGUUGUUUGGCAUCCAGGGUUCAAUUCUCCAGAAGCAGGAGAAUUCAACUUGCGUGUGCGUAAAGGAAACACAAUUAAGUUGAAAUGUUUUGCAAAGCUUGGUACUACUAAAGUUCAGUUUAUGGAACAAAGGAUACCCUUCAGUCAUAGUCCAGUGGGUUUAUCUACUUGUAAGACAGCCGUUCUUCAAAACAUAGGAUACAAUCACGCGUACUUCCAAGUUCUUGAUUCAAACCCACUGCCUGGAAUGAUGAUCACCCCUUCUGAAGGGGUGGUACCUGUGGGAGGCCAUGCUGAUCUCAAAAUCUGUUUCACUCCGAAUGCAAAAAUGAGUUUUGAUACAAGAGUGGAGGUAGCAGUGCGAAAUUCAGGAGUACUAGUGCUUAGGAUUGGUGGAUUUGUAGAGAUCCCCGAAAUAAACAUUGAUGUGGAACUAUUUGACUUUGGUGGUGUUUAUGUCGGUUCUACAAAAUCAAUUCCCUUUUUGCUGCAAAACAAAGGACAAGCGUGUACCAGAGUGGAGUUUGAUUUUUCUAAGUAUAAGGAUUUUAAAUUGAAUACUAAUGACCAUUCAGUGAUUGACUGCUGUUCUUCAAAGCCUUAUUUGUAUUCGGUUAAUUUAAAGGGAAAGUCAGCUUUGCAGUGCUUAUUGUCGUUCAUGCCAAAAGAGGUGGCAGCAUAUGACUUCACUCUUCCACUUAAUACUCCUCGGGCUGACUUCCCAUGGAGACAGCCAAGUCCUGUAUCUGCAGCUUCUGCUGGAUCUGUAAAGCAUGUUGUUGCUCCUCGGCCACAGGCGGUGACUGUGGCUGUUCCAUUCUGUAGAGUUAAAGCAGUUGUACUUAAAUCACCAUUGGAGUUCUCCUCAAUGGUACUUAAAUUUACACAACAUUCAAGUGGCAUACAUUUCAAUAUUGUUGAUGAAAGUCUGAAUUCUCAGAAGCUUGACCUGAAGAAUAUCUCAAGGCAGCAGUUGACAUGGAAAUUGAAUUGUGGUGAUGCAGGCAAAAAUACAGAAAACGGUAUUUUUAAAUUUAGUCUGCAGACUGGAUUUCUUGAUCCAGGACAAAAAAUCAGUAUUGCUGUAUUCUUCUGCCCUUCUUGUCCUGGGACAUACACAUCUGAAAUGUCCGUGUGUCUAAACGAUAAUCCAUCACAUUACAAAAUAACGUUGUCUGGCACUGUGAAGUCACCAAAAAUAAAUUUUGAUCCCCCCUUUUUAAUGCUGAUGCCAGUUCCUCUUGAUGUGAAAACUGAAACAGCCAUCAAUAUCAUUCCACAAGAUUAUUUAAGGCAAUCACGAAUUCAAGUUGAACUUCCAGAGCUUGAACUUGAAGAUGGUGAUAGGAUUUACCCUUUUUCUGUACAGUUCCCGGAAGGACAAGAUAUUGUUCUUUCAUCAGAUGGCACAAAUAAGGAACUAAUUUGUCGUAUCAGCUUCAGAUCAUCUAGGCCAGUGUCAUUUUUAGGGAAUAUGUUCUUCAUCGAUGAAGAAGAAAACAGGUUCUCAAUUCAAGUUGCUGCAACAGCAGAGAAUUGCCUUCUUACUUUAUACCCAUAUUUGGCGUUUCACCGCUCGGAUCAACAAAUUAUCUUGAGAAGCAACAGUAAAGACUGCAGUAGUGGAGAAGUUGUUCUGCAUCCAUGUUAUGCUCCACAAUCACUUUCCCAUAGUAUUUCCUCAAGUUCCUUUGGUGCAACCACUGACUCAACCUAUGAAGAUUCUCAAUCAGGUAUAUCAGAUACUACUUUUGAAAGUGAGAGUGAUGAAAAGAUGAGUGAAGAGAGUGAAGCUGACAGUCAAAGUGAUGGCAGAGAAAAUAAAUUUGAAUUAUCAUUUUUUCCUGAUGAAGAUAAAGAGGAGUACAUCUUCUUUCAGAAAACCCUAACUGCUGUUAAGAAUUGGUUCACUCUCUUUGGUUGGUCUAAGGGACAAAAUCCUAUUUCAAUACCAUAUUCAUUAAGAAGCGAUGUGUGUAAAGUCCAGAUGACCUCUUCUCAAGAAAAGGUUUUUAAACAAAACCUUGGCAAAGAUACUAAGACUUUUUAUGACAUGUUAUUCCAUCUGAGUGGACAUUUGUUGCCAGGCAUUACAUCGAGCCAGUCAUUGCCCCUCGAUCCAGUUGAACGAAUGUUACAGCUCCACUGGCAGCAUUCUACGUUGCUUGCUUUCCUUAAAAGCCAAGGAGCAUAUCUUCCUCAUGUUAUGCCAGAAUUUCUGCUUGAACCUGAUGAUUAUAAGAAAUGGAUUGAAGUGCAAACCGUACUGAAGGGUCACACGGCUGACUUAAGAAAAGAAGAUGUGAAAAACUCAGACAUAUUUAGUGACAAGCAUCUAUUCACUCUGGAGGACAGCAUAUUUGAGACAAUGAGCAAACGAGCUUGGACAGAUGUGCUACUGCAGAUAUACAAGGUGUUUGUUCUUCCACGUGUUUCUUCACGUAGCGUCGCUGAUCUGUUCAGCUUGGAAAGCAUGCAGAACAUGCCAAGAAUAAAAUCAGAACCUUUAUCCAGUAAUAUAUAUUCUACAUAUGAACGAACCGUCCUCACCUGGUUGAAUAAACAUUAUGAGAAGAAUCGAAAAACUGUGUGGAAAAAUUGUCAAAAAGGUGAAGUACCACCAAUGAGAUGGAUCGUAAAUUUUGACCGAGAUCUUCUAGAUGGUCUGGUAUUGGCAGCACAGCUGGCAGCUUAUUGUCCAUAUUUGAUUGCUACUCACUUUGUAAGGAUGUAUACUAAUCCAAGAACUCCUGAACAAUUUCUGCACAACUGUUUGAUACUUGUGAAUGCUAUGCAUGCUGUCAGUCUGGCUAUAGACAUAAAGGCCACUGACAUCUGUGAUCCAAACCCAGUCAUGAUGCUUAUUCUGUGUGUCUACCUAUAUGAAAGUCUCCCUCACUACUUACCCAGGAACACUAUAGAAUUUACAGGUGCUCUCCAUGCAACUGUUGUUAAACAGGUGCGUCUGAAAAACCCAAGCAGUAAAACUUUGAUGUACUACGCCAUUCUUGUAGGAAGAGAUGCUGAUGAUUUCUCAUUACCUAAAGGAAACACUGUCACUAUUGCCCCUAACCUAUGUACAUGCAGAGAAAAGCCUAGAGAAAUAUCUAAGAUUCCUAAGGAUAUAAAUCACACUUAAAUCCUGAAAAAAAUUUUAAAAUUUGCACUGAUUGCUCUGAAAAUAAAUCUGGAGCCCUUUCAGCAUAUGAAUGCUUUUGGAAAUUCCAUUGCGGAGGAUAUAUUGAAAUGCAAAUCCCCAUGUUAUGAGCUGAAGAAAGUCAUCCUAAACGUUACUAAUCCCUUCAGAACUGAUGGCAUAUUCAGGGUCAUUUUGCUGGAAUCCACGAGUUACUUAAUGCAGCCAGAGCAAGUAUAUCAAGCCAGGCAAGUAAAGCAAGAGCAAACGUUCAGUUCUGAAAAUAACAUACUAAAUUUUAAAAAUGGUGCACUGCCUGAAGAUCCAAAUGAAGAGAACAACUUAAAGUGCUCUGACCAAUCCAGUCUUCUGCCUGAGUUCUUCAGUCCAAUGGAAAAACUGUUCUUGGAAGGGAGAAGUUCUGCAGGCUUAGAUAUUCACUUCCUUCCCUUUAAUCUGGAAAAACGUUACUGCACUGUCAUUCUGGUUAAUGAACUGAUUGGAGAAUUCGUGUACCUGAUAGAGGGAACAGGUGAUAUACCUUUGCCUUCAGAAUUGCUUCCAAUGGAUAGUCCAAAUGUUUUGCAUGUUAGCAGUAUAUUAGAAGGUCCAAGUGCAGUAGAGCCAGUUUUAUAUUUGAAAUGUGGUCUCGCUCAGAUUCUUGAAGAAAAUCUGAGGAUUCCAUUGAUCAAUGAGUCAAGAGAGAGGGCUCUGGCCAUUGCUGCACAACAACAGAUGUCAACUGUUGAAUAUGAAAGAAGAAAGAUCACAGGGACUCUGCAGAGCAGUAGUGUUCGAGUUGCAACUGCAUUGUUAGCGCUGUCCAGAGUAGAGAGACAUGCACUCCUGAAACCUCGUAAAUUCCUCCCAGAGUUGAAGUAUGUGGAUUACAGUGUAGAAGUGAGCAUGCAAGAAUUCUUUGAGGUUCCUGAGAAGUUCUCUAUUCCAGUAUUGACAUCAAGCAGAGUUAAUUUGAAAGUUCCAUCAGCAAAAGACCUUUCACCUCAGAAAACAGAUAGAAGUGAUGCAGUUGAGCUUCCUAUAAAAUUCGUUCCUCGGUAUGCCGGUUGCUACCACUGUCAGAUUCUUCUGAAGUCCUCCUGCGAUGUUCGUGUCUAUGAGAUUGAAUGUGUAGUGAAUACAAACCAUGCUGAAGCAGAGCUUGAAUUUCUAACUCCAGCUUACCAGGCAGUGAUUCAGGAUAUUCCAAUAAGUAACAUUUCCAGCCAGGACUGGAAACUUGAAGCAAUUUUGGAAGGACGUGGGUUUUAUGGCCCUCCUCUAAUAAAUGUGGGCCUAGGUGAAACAGCUCUGUAUCCUCUCAUGUUCAAGCCUAUUGCUGAGGGCAUAACAAUGGGAAGGCUUAUUCUGCGAAAUGAUACAGCUGGCACUGAAAACAUCUUUAGCCUUAAGGGAAUAGGGAAGAAACCUCUGGCACAGGAUUGUGUUGUGAUAGAUUGCCAAGUGAGAAAGGUCACUCAAAAAAUUUUAUGGGUGCCCAAUUAUACCAAGAACAAGUUAACAUACAAGGUAUCUUCAGAUCUUUCAAUGGUGGGUGGUGCACCUGUUAUUACUGUAGAACCAAAUGAUACAGUAGCUUACACUUUGACUGUAUCUCCAUGGAGACGAGGAAUCUUUCAAGGUGUAAUUUCAUUUGUUGCUGAAGAUGAAGACCAACAGCAGUCUCGACAUAACAGCUUACCAGAGAAGACAGAUGGUGAACAGGCCCUUCAGAAAUUGUCAACAGAGACACCACAAACUGUUGAUGCAGCAAACAUGGGAGGAAGUUCUUCAAAUUGCAAAGUGUGGUUCUCCUUAAAGAUUAACAGCAUACCUGCAGCACCGGAAAGGAAGAUAGAUGUGAAAUGCAGAGCUCUGGAUACUAUUGGAAUUCAUAUUCCCAUCACUAAUCCUGAAGAUAAAAUUCUCCAGCUGAGUGUGGUGCUGGAGAAUCAGUCACUUUGUGGACAAAAGGCUUUCACUCUUAGGCCCAAACAAACAUUUUUGUAUCAACUAAAGUUUUCCCCAGCUGUUGUUGGCACUUCAGAAGAAAGUGUCAUAUUCCUGUCAGAUAUGGUUGGAGAGUUUUGGUAUGCACUGAAGUUGAUUGUAGAGAAACCAUUGCCAACCAGUCUACCUGAAAUAGAAUGUGAGCUUGGAAAAUGGGCUCAUCUAUACAUACCUCUCUUUAAUCCUACACAUGAAACUCUGGAGCUAGAAAUUGUUAACAGCAAUCCUAGCAAUUUUUCAACUGAGACUGAUCCAAAACACCCUCUGAUUGUCACUCCUCAUUCCACCACUGAAGUACCCGUGCAAUUCUGUCCGUCUGCCCUUGGAAGAGGCAAUCACAAGGCAUCAAUAACCUUCAAAUGUUCACAGCUUAAAGAGUGGAUAUUUUAUCUUUCGGGAACUGGUCUUCCUCCUCAGCUGAUGGAACCAACCAGCAUAAGUGCAUGCAUUGGCCAGCGUUCUUCUGUCAUCAUAUCCUUCAAAAAUCCAACUCCUGAAAAUGUGGUGGUAGAUGUCGUGCUGACAGAUCAGGAGCAGUCCAGUUGUCAUCUCAGUGCGUCUGUCCUAUCCAAGUCCACCAGUAAGGAAUCUGUUUUCCAUCUUCUACUUAAACAGCCACGAGGAACCCAAUUAGCUCCAAAAGAAAAACUGGACAUCCCAGUGUUAUUCAUGCCAGAUACAAUGAAAAUGUAUGAGGCUGUGGUGGUAAUUCAUGUAAUGAGGGAAAAUGGUGAAAACUGGCCUUAUGAGGAUUCUGCUGAAUUAAAUACAGACUUAAAAAGUGUUACUGUAGCAGAGAAUGGGGGAAUUCAGGGAAUACUCUGGAUCUAUCCGCUUCAUGGAAUACCUGAAGCACCACAGCAGAAAUUAGUUCCGGCUGUGGUACGCUGUCGAGCCAGGCAGAGAGUAGAAAGAAGAGUAGAAGUGCUGCUGACUGGUGUAGUUCCUGGUGCAACUGCUAUGCGUGCCACAAGAAAUUCUGCCAUGGUCAAUAAAAAGAAGCCAGCCAACAUCCAAGAAGAAGUUCAAGUCACUGAUGGUUUCUCUACAACAGCGGAAUUUCUGUAUGAAUUGCAAUAUCAAUCAAAUGAAAUUAAAUCUCAGCUUGAAUCUUUGGUUGGUAUGCAUCUGGUUCAAAGAGAACAGGAUACAGAAUCCGGGAUCGUAACACUGAUCUUUAAUAUAGUGUUUGCACCUAACAAACCAAUGAGGAAUGAAGCAACUCUAAUAGUACAGUGCACUACAGGAGGUGUUUGGAAGUUUCCGAUGGUGUUCAUUGCUACGGAGCCAGAAGUGGAUGAUGUCAUCAACAUUGAAGCAGUUGGCUUGAAUAAAGAAUCUAUAGUUGGCUUUAAGCUUACAAGCCAGACAAGGUACCCAGAGCCAUUCACUGCGCACUUCCUGGCGGGCAGCGAUCCUGAGUUCCUUGUGGUGCCGCAAGCUGGAGAACUUCUUCCAGCAGGCACUGUGGGAACCCAUAUAACAGUGGGAUUCAAGCCAAGGAUGUACGGCAAGAAGCAUACAGCAACACUUGUAAUCCAGACACAGUCAAUGCAGUGGACGUAUGAAAUCAAUGGACUGCCUCCACAGACCAUACCACCUACAAGGCCAGCAAAAGUCGUUUCUAAUAGCAGUUACAUAAGAUCAGCCACAGUUCGACAGCGCAAUUUUUUACGUGAAAAUCUGAAACUUACAACCACUGGAGUAUCCUCACCAAUCAAGGGGGCACCUUUGGUCCUGAGGACAAAACAGAGAAAGUUAUGAUCAGUUAUUUUUUUGGUGGGGGAGGACACUUUUGUCAAAUAAAUUCUGCAGAUGAAAAAGAGGAUAUGUUUUGUUUGGUUUUUUUUAAAGCAGAUAUGAUAUGCAUUGAUUGUAUGCUUUAUAUGGAAGAUUCAGAGUGCCUGAGCUCUAGUAAUAUUCUUAUUUUUCUGUGAGGGAUUUUGGAUGCUUACCUAACAGUUUAUGUAUAUCAUUCAGAUGUCAGCAAGUUCUAAUGAGAAAAAACUUUGAGUUGAGAAAAUAUACUUGAAAAUUGGGGAAUUCAAACAAAUGCUUUGCUUUCUAAGGGAUAUUAGUUUAGUAAGACUUUAAUAGGAAGCUUUAAUGAACCUUCUGUGUGAUGUUCAACGUAUUACAUCCAUGCAAACCAAGCAAGCAAAACCAAUCCCUGAUCUCUUUCAUGAUAAAAUCCUUACCCAAAGUUUGCAAUAUUUUGCUAAGAUGAAACAUGUUUACGUCAUAUGUCCAGAGCUUG